GAGAGAGAGAGAGAAGAGACAACUGGUGUGCAUAGCUUGCUUUCCCGAGAGGAAAUAAAGAGAAAAAGCUCCUGCUAGGAUAGGGGCGAGAGAGAGAGAGAGAGAGAGAGAGAGAGAGAGAGAGAGAGAGUAUACUCUUUUCCCUCAAGUCAUAUCUGAGAAGUAUCUGAGCUGGAUAGUAGGAAGGAAAGUGCAGAGAGACAGAAAAACGACAGAGUUGUAGUGAGGGAGAGACGCGCAGGUGUCUCUGUCAUUGCUAACGCGCACACAGACGCAAACACACACACGCGCGCUCUCUCUCUCUCUCUCUCUCUCUCUCUCUCUCUCUCUGCGUUGCAUGUAUACUCGUGGUGGAUAGAGAGGUGUGUGUGUGUGUGUGUGUGUGUCUGUCUGGUGUUUUGUGUGAUCUGGAUUGUUUUCCGUCCAGUCUGACCCCUUGUAACCCACGUGAGAGAGAGAGAGAGAGAGAGUUUGUGUGCGCGCGCGCCUUUGCGCGUGAGGGUCCUGGAACGUGCGGGUCGUGCGUAAGGUAUUUGUCCAAAGCAGGGGCAUCCGAGGAAGAGGAAAGGAAGGAGGCGUGUGUCCCAGCAUAGCCGCUCAACACUGGACAUGCACAUCAGCCCCUCUGCGGGAGAUCUGGGUCUGACAUAGCCUCAGCCGAUCGCAGCCUGCAUUAGAAGCGGCGGCGUGUGCGGAACAGGAUGGCAGCCAUGCCGUUCGUCAGUGAGGGAAAGUGUGUUAGUGUGGAGUGGGACUUCCUGCAAGGACUCCUCGCUAAACCGCCCACUUUGCCCUGUUUACAAAACCUGCGGAAGGAGAAGUCCCGAAAUGCGGCUCGCUCACGACGCGGUAAAGAGAACUUUGAGUUUUUUGAACUGGCCAAAAUGCUGCCUCUCCCUGGCGCCAUCACCAGCCAGCUGGACAAGGCCUCGGUCAUCCGCCUAACCAUCAGCUACCUGCACAUGAGGCAUUUUGCCAGUCAGGGAGACCCACCCUGGAGCCCCCUGCUGGAGGGGGACAAUAACUGCAACAAGGACCUGCUCAAACCACCUGAAGUCAUGUUCAGACGCAUUUCAUCCACUGGCAUCUAUGUAGCUGAUUUCCCUGUCAGUCUGAAACUCCAUCAUCCAUCCAUCAUCCUCAGUGUGCGGAGAAACAGUCACUCACUGGCCACUGAUAUAUUUGAGCAGCACCUGGGAGCACAUCUACUACAGUCUCUGGAUGGGUUUGUGUUCGUGGUCAGUCAAGAAGGCCGUUUCCUCUACAUUUCUGAGACAGUGUCGAUCUACUUGGGCCUCUCACAGGUGGAAUUAACAGGCAGUAGUGUGUUUGACUACAUACAUCCUGCAGACCAUGUGGAGAUGGCAGAGCGAUUGGGAAUUAAACCACACCUCCGCACAGAGGCAGGCUGUCAGACUGCCCAGGAAAGUGCUUCAAGUUCUGCCUCCACAUCCUCAUUGGCUGGCACACCUGAACCAGCCCCCUCCAGUCCGCUGUCAUCCGGAGAUGAACCAGUAGAGCGAGGUUUCUUUGUCCGAAUGAAAUCCACCCUUACUAAGCGCGGCCUACAUGUCAAAUCCUCUGGUUAUAAGGUGAUCCAUGUUACUGGCCGGAUUCGCUGUCGGCCAGCCCUGGUCCCAGGCUCUUCACGCUCACUCCAUCGGCCACUGGGAUUGGUCGCUCUUGCUCACACACUUCCACCCUCCACGCUUAAUGAGGUGCGCAUGGAGAGUCACAUGUUCGUGUUUCGGGUCAACAUGGAUCUCCAGAUCACCUACUGCGAGAACAGGAUCUCAGAAUAUAUGGACUUGAGCCCAGCUGAGGUGGUGGGGCAUACCUGCUACCACUUCAUCCAUGUGGAAGACCUAGAUACCAUCCGGCAAAGCCACGAAGACUUGCUGAGGAAGGGUCAGGUUGUGACUGGUUACUACCGCUGGCUGCAGAGGAGAGGCGGGUAUUUGUGGGUUCAGUCGUGUGCCACUGUGUCCAUCAACCACAAAGCACCCCAUGAACGUAACGUCAUCUGGGUCAACUACAUACUCAGUCGGACAGAAAUGCCUGACAUGCCACUGGAUUUACUACAGCUCCCAGAAACCCUGAAAGCUGAGCGUCUUCGGGCAAGCUCUUCCACUCGUGAUAUCUCUCCAAAGUCACAUGGCCCGAAUGGUGCCCAGCCGACGAAGGGCGGAGUUGGACGAAAUGAGUCUGAGCGCAAAGGGAGAGACUCUUGCACUCACAUUACUGCUAACCAUUCAGAUAACAGGAGGAAGAGGCCUUACCACUCCAGCCCUGAAAACACACCUCCACAAACAAGGAGACAACAACUCGAGGUCUUCCGGCAUAGAGAGGACAGCCUGUCAGGCUCCUCGGACUCAGCCAGUGACAGUGAAGCUGAAGAAGACGAAGAGGAGGACAAGGAAGAGGAGUGGGAGCACAAUGGCAAGAGACUGAAGACCGAUGUGGGAGCCUCUAAGAAGAACAGUGAAACUGGGAAAGUGCGUAAUGGUCGUGCUGUAAUCCAGCAGCUGAAGAGUGUGGUGACCAGCACCUCCAGCUCUAAUGUUAAAACUGAGCAGGAGAUGUUGAGCACUGGAGUUUGUUCAACCACUGGAGGGCGAUGGAGCAACACUCAGUCCGCCAGGGGUAUAAAUGGAAGCAGCCCCCCAUCCCAAGAUUCCGAGUCAGUCACUACAGAAGCUCCAGCUAAAGGUCUCUUCAGCCCUCCUUCACCCAUCUCAGCUUCACCCCUGCCUAGGGAGGAUCGCCUCCACGGAGGCCGCACGCCUGAUUACGAGCUUCUUCAGAGACUAGCUGCGGGUGGAGCAGCCGGGCGUGUACUGUUCCACCCUCUUGCUCUCGGCCCUCCAGGGCCUCAGAGCCUUUACGCUCCAAGCACCAUUCGCUACGCCCCUCCGGAGCUGCCCACUGCCCAUGCUGAGGGGCCACGCCUGGACCACGCGCCCAAAUCGCCCACUUUCUUUCCACACCUGCAGAGAAUCGCUGCUCUACCACCCUUCAGCGGCUUCUCACCUUCAGAGCCUCCCUUCGCUCCAUCCCUUCCCUUCUGCAUGAACGGACUGAGAGGAGCAGCAGGGACAGAUGAGGACUGAGAAAACUGAGACUGUAAAU